CAUCCGACGGCCGCGAAUCCGUGUCGCAGUUGUUCCGCCGCAACACGGGGCACCACGCGGCCAGAAGCCCACGCCGCCCCACCUCCACGCUCCUGUUGCCUCUUCGCCGCCGUGAGGUGCCCCCAAUCAGGCAACCAGCAGCGCCGCCCGGUCCCGUCCUCUCGCCCCUGCCCCCGCCCUCAUCGCGCCCCGCUCCAUGGCCGCCAAGUGGGCCCAGAAGACCGUCGUCAUCCCCGCGCAGCGCCGCGGCUGCCACCUCAUCACCCCCAAGAUUCUGAGGGAGAUCGAGGGCGACCUGUCCGGGUUCAAGUGCGGGCUCGCUCAUUUCUUCCUGCAGCACACAAGCGCUUCCCUGACCAUCAAUGAGAACUAUGACUCUGACGUGCAGGCUGACACUGAAACUUUCCUUAACAGAAUUGUCCCAGAGGGCCACAAUGCUCCUUGGAAGCACACUAUGGAAGGACCUGAUGACAUGCCAGCACAUAUUAAAUCGUCAAUGUUUGGUUGUGCCCUGACGAUUCCUAUAACUGAUGGACGUCUCAAUAUGGGCACUUGGCAGGGUAUAUGGCUGUGCGAACACCGUGAUCAUGCCAGCCCUCGCAAAAUUGUGAUUACUCUCAACGGAGUCUAACUUGAAAGAUCUUAUAUGCUGGCAGGAAAUUGAGCAAAUGCAAUUUGGACCUGAAUGAUGUAAAAUUAGGGCUCUGUUUCAAGUGUACCAUGUACUGGGUUGAACGGUUGACUGUAACAUAUAUAUGGAAGCUAGAAAUUCCAAUAAGUUUGCUGUUACUGUUUCCUGUGUGAUUCUUGGCUUAGGAGAUCAUUACCAGGCUGUUGAUCUUUCAA